UGAUGCAGGAGCAUUUCAGUGGAGACGAUUUUAUGGAAUCGGCAUGAUUGUGGCUCCAGCUAUUUAGAUUGGGUGUUUUGAAAUACAACAUUAGUCCAUAUAUUGCGAACUAGCUCGGGUUCUUUUUUUUACCCAAGAACUCGUCAAUUGCCUUCCUCUCGAGCGCCUGAGUCUUUCUAAUCACAAACAACAACAAAACCAACAAAAAACAAAAGAUGAGUUCAUAUUUUGUCAACUCUCUCUUCUCCAAAUACAAGAGUGGAGACUCUUUACGUCCCAAUUAUUACGAGUGCGGGUUCGCGCAGGACCUUGGGAGUAGACCCACAGUAGUGUAUGGACCAGGCACCGGAGCAACUUUCCAACAUCCCCCUCAAAUCCAGGAAUUCUACCACCACGGCGCGUCCACGCUCUCCAGUGCCCCUUACCAACAGAGUCCCUGCGCCGUAACAUGCCAUGGAGAGCCGGGCAACUUCUACGGGUACGACGCUCUCCAGAGGCAAACACUUUUUGGACCCCAGGACGCGGAUUUGGUCCAGUACAACGACUGUAAGAUAGCAGCUGGUGGCAUCGGGGACGAGACCGAGAGCACGGAACAGAGCCCCUCUCCAACGCAGUUAUUCCCGUGGAUGCGACCGCAAUCUGCCGGACGAAGGCGAGGCCGACAGACCUACAGCCGCUACCAGACACUGGAGCUGGAGAAAGAGUUCCUAUUCAACCCCUACCUGACCCGCAAGCGGCGAAUCGAGGUAUCGCACGCCCUGGGACUGACCGAGAGACAGGUCAAAAUCUGGUUUCAGAACAGGAGGAUGAAAUGGAAAAAGGAAAACAACAAGGACAAGUUCCCCAGCAGUAAGACAGAGCAGGAAGAGAUCGAGAAGGAGAAACGACAGAAGGAGCAGGGCGCGGGGACACACUCGUCCGGGGAAGACUGCGACAAAGCCAAGCAAAUGUAAGCUAUAGGGAGACUGAGGGGUCGAAAUCAGCACCGCGGAAAAGGCAGCGAGAGCGAUAAGGAAAGAGGAGCCAGCAUGUGGUUUUGUCUCGGAACAUGGCAGUCUUUGGCUAGUCGUUCCAGGUUUGAUUCAAUCGAUGGGAAAGUCUCCUGACGGUGACAAAGGACAGGACCAUUCACAUUGUGGUUGUUGGGAGACAAAACGAAACAUUUGAACGGGAAAUUAAGCAUUUGUACUUUUUAUCUGAUGUUGGAAAGUAUUAUUGUGUUAAAAAUAGCGUCCUUUGUGGAACA